CAAGGCAGAGACGGUGGAGACGACACUUGUCUUCGCUUUCUCAAAAGAACGUCAAAAACCAAUGGUGGGUUGAGUUGAACCACAAAAAAACAAGUCCUACCUAGAUUCACCAAAACUUUUGCUCGCAACCCACCGUGUUUCUCUCUAACCUCCAUCAUCGUAUAUAAAUCCCUCUUAUCCCACAAUCCACACCUCUUUAAUUCAAAAAAUUAAUACAAAAAGGUUUAAGUGAGAUUGGUGUCCAACAAUUAAAAAGAUGAGUCAAGAACAGCCAAAGAGGGAGGAUUUUCAAGAAGAGGCUAUCACAUACGGAGACGUCUUCAACGUUCAAGGAGAUCUCAAAACCAAACCGAUUGCACCGGUUGACGCCGCCACCAUGCAAAAGGUGGAGAGUCACCUCCUUGGUAAGAACCCGAAGGGUGGCGUCGCCGCCGCGAUGCAAUCCGCGGCCAUGAAAAAUGAGAGAGAUGGGGUGGUCGGGCACAACGAUAUUAACAUAACUGCCACUGGUGCUAGUGUGAAGGAGACCGAUGCUCCGGGGAGGCAAGUGAUAUCGGAGUCCGUUGGUGAACAGGUUGUUCAGAAAUCAGUAGAGGAAAAGGAGAAGAGAGUUAAUAAAUUGGUUGAGAUGGUGGAGCAAUUUAGCAAAAAGGCGCCACUGACGUCAUCUUCUCCUGUUCAAGAUAUGGGCAUUGGGGGCGGUGGGAUCACCAUAGGUGAAGCGCUGGAGGCCACGGUUCUCACGGCGGGAAAGAAGCCGGUGGAGUGGAGCGAUGCCGCGGCGAUUCAAGCUGCGGAAGUGAGAGCUACUGGGCGCACCAACAUUGUCCCCGGAGGCGUUGCUGCGGCGGCGCAAUCAGCCGCCACUCUAAAUGCUCGGAUUACAAAGGAAGAGGACAAGACGAAACUCGCAGAUAUUCUGGCGGAUGCGACUUCGAAGUUACCGUCAGAUAGAGCAGCGACUCGGAGAGAUGCUGAAGGUGUGACGGGUGCAGAAAUGAGAAAUGAUCCCAACCUCACUACUCAUACUGGGGGUGUGUCCGCAGCCGUGGCUGCUGCUGCUAGGCUUAACCAAAUGAUCAGUAACUAGUUCUAUACCAUAUAUGUAUAUUAUCACCAUUGCCCAUUUUGUAAGUGAUUCAUUUUUUUUUCUUUUCUUCGUGGAGAACUGAAGAACCUAAAUUUUAACUCAACGAGUCCUCUGACCAAAUGUUAAGGAGCUCGCCCAAUUCUUUUAUCUAACCGUGCUAGUUUUCUUCAAAGCAAUGCGUUCAUAUUUUAUUUCUGCUUUCAUUUGUUUGGAAUGUGUAACUUCAUGAAAUUAUAAUUUACAAAAUAAAUAAGAACGAUGCCUUUACUUUUUUUAAAAUAUGGGGUUUUGUUUAUUUAGAUAAAAUUUUACUUGAUUUUGAGUUAAUUAUAAUAAUCAUACGAGCAACGACUUAUCAUUAGGAUAUGCUUGGAAUGUUGGUAAAAAUGUUUUUUUAAGUAAAAAUAAAUGUAUUGGUCGAUACAACAAGCUUUGGUUAACGAUUAAGUUGUAUAUAAAAAAAUAUAAUUGUAAAACUUUUCACACAACUUUUUUUAAUUUAAAAUAAAGCUUUUUUUUUUUGUAAAGAUAAAGUGAUAGUUUUACUAUUACAAUAUAUGAAAUUGUUAGAUGGGGUAUGUUUCCAUAAUACACGGAUUUAGGUAAACCUAUUUAAUAGUUCGUAAAUGUAUUUCACAUGACGGGGUUUAACAUAAAACAACCUAGGUGUGUAUUCUUCAUCACUCUAUCUAAUAUUGAAUAAAUAUGCAUGUUAAAAAUGUAUUAUUAUUUACGGACGUUAAAAAUUUAUUACUUUUUAUGCAUGUUAACUACUAUUAAGGUAGAUGUAAUGCCAACUUAUAGUUUCACUCGAUUUAACUGAAAGAUUGCCAUGCUGAUCAACUAAAUCCCACUCCUUAAACACAUCGAUCAAAUUUAAGUCAAUGCUAUAUUUCAUUUAAUGCAGCUGCUUUGUGAACAGUUCUUUACUUUUUACAUGUUCUCUCCUCAUUGUGCACAGCUCAAUUGAUUUUAAAUCCUGUUAUUAUACUUCUUAAAAACAUUAACCAUUGACAUGAAGCAACUAAUUAGAGGUACUAUACACAAUUUUUUAUACUUCUCAAUAUUACACUAUUUUUAUAAAGAAACUUGAGAAAGCUAUUUCUCCAAUCCAAGAAGUGUACAAGUUGUACCCUAUAAUUAUCCUUAUUGAAAACAUUUCAUAUAAGUUGCCAAUUUAAAAUAAAAGUGAUAAAAGUGGGAGGGAAUUCCUAUUGGAGAUGCUCUUAGUCUUUUAUGAAACCCCAACUCUUUCUGCCUUUUUUUCUCUUCUCACCAGUGACUUUAAUUCUUUACAACAAUUUAUCAGUUUUUUUUACCAAAGCCUUCUUUGUUAAGAAAGAUGAUAUACUCGUUUAUGG